ACAAAAUAACGUGCUUAUUUCUCAAUGCUUGUUUUCUAUAAUUGCAUAUUUAAGAAGAAUUUUCGUACAAAUAUAUUUUAACAAUUUGUAUCGUGUGUAAAAUUUAUAAUAAUACAAUAAAAUGAUGUCUACAAAUACUAUUAGUGAAUAUUCUUCAGAUGGAAAAUUAUUCGCUUUAAUUAAUGAGCAUGGGAUUCUCAAAAUUUGGGAUACAGAAACUAAUGUUCUAAAGCAAGAAUAUGCACCAAACUUUCAUCUAUCAGGACCUUCUACAUGCUUAAAGUGGCUUAGUAUAAGUCAAAAUGUAAAAACUAAGAAAUCCAAAAAGCUGAAGACUACAGCAAAUGAAAAUCUUGAAAAAUCUGAUGAGUCGUUAUAUAUUGCUUUCGGUACAAUUAAUGGAGGUGUUGUAUUAUAUUCGUAUUCCUUAGGAGAAGUAGAACGCUCUUUAAUAGGUGAAGGACACACUGGAAAAGUAACAUGUAUAGCAUUUGAUAAUCACGACAUAUUAUAUACUGGUGGUGAAGAUUGCCAUAUAAUUUGUUGGAGUUUAUCAAAUGAAAAACGUAUUGCAUCCUGGAAAGUUGGUAAUGAGAAAUUAAAUAGUUUAGCAUACCUAUCAGAAUCGAAGAACAUCGUAAUUGGAACCAGGCAAUUAAAAAUAUUUUCUCCUGAAAAACAAGAAAUAAUUUACACGCAUAUUGGUCACACAUCUGACAUUCUUUUAUUAGAAACAUUUACUUACGGACUUACAGAUUUUUGCUUGAGUGCCGCAAAAACCGAGAGAAUUAUAAAUUUAUGGACCUUGAAAUCAAAAAAUAAGUAUCGUAACUCUACUGCAACUCUUUUAAUGGAAGAUAUUGCAUAUUGUUUAAGCUAUAAGUUUGAAAACGAACAAACAUUAAAAGUUUCUGUUGUAACAAGAAGCGGUGUUAUCCACAUUUAUUGUAUAGACAUGGAAAAUUUAAAACCCGAUAAGCCAAUUAAACCAAGUACUACUAUACAAAUAGCCUCUGACAGUCAAACGAAUAUCGAACCAAUAAUGGCUAUUACUGCUUCAUUAAAAUUUGGAAGUAAGAAAAAGGAGUUACUUUUUGGUUAUGGAGAUAAACAAUUUUUGCAAUUCGAGAAGAUAACCAUAAAUUUCGCAGAACAUAUACAAGUCCUAAUUAGAUCCCAACCUAAAAAGCCAUCCAAAACCAACAAACAAGCAACUGAAGCAGUUUCUAAAACAGUUAUUCCGAAAGUUGGUACAGCAUCUUAUCAAACUGCAUCUACACCCAUUAUCAGGAAAAAAAGGGAUGAUGUUCAAAUACCUUUAGAAACACGUUUACAAAAUCUGCAUGUAACAAAUGGUGAAAUGCCAAAUGCUCAAAGUAAAGUUCAAUUGUUAAUCCAAGCUCUUCAUAGUAAAGACUCGAAUUUGUUAUACUCCGUUCUUUCUACAGAAGAUCAGAAAGUCAUUAAUUUAACAUUACAGAAACUUCCAGUACAAUAUGUAUCAUCAUUAGUUAACGAAUUAACUCUUUUAAUGGAAAAGAAACAUGUCAACGUCCAAAUAUCAUCAAAUUGGUUGAAAGCAUUAAUUAAAAUUCACUCGAGUCAGUUAAUGGCUCUUGGAUCAGAAGACUUGUUGGCAAAAUUUGGACCAUGCAUUGGAAUCAUUGAACAUAGAGCAAGUUGCUUAAACGAUCUUUCGAAAUUAAAUGGAAGAUUGCAAUUGUUGGUAAGCCAGAUUAAACGUAAUGUUGAAGAGGAUGUACUAACAAACGAAAAUUGCUUAGUUUAUGAAGAUGAAUCAGAUGAAAGUUUAGACUUAGAAAAUAAUAUUCCCGACAAUAAUACAUCCCUCUCAGAUGAUGGUGAUUGGGAGGCAAAUGAAAAUGAUCAAAUGCAUCAAAGCGAAAAUGAGCAAGACGAUAAUGAAGAUGAAGAUAUGAGCAGUAGCUAAAAAAAACUCCGACAUAAAUGCAAAUUAGAAAACUUUUUCAAAUUUAUUUUUUUAAGUAUAUAUGUAUGUAUGUAGAAUUUAAAAAAAAACCAAUAAUAAUACAAUUACGGAAUGACUUCAA